AUGGGCCAGACGAGGCAUCUUCCUCUCUUCUCCGUCCUCCUUCUCGUCACUCUCAUUCCUCCGACGCUCACAACAUGCCCCGCGGACCCACCAAACUGCCCCGGCAUUCGCAACGGUAUCCAACAGUCUGCAAACUCAACGCACAUCAUCGCCGGUGUCUUCUCCGUGUCUGCAUGGCGCGUCAAAGCGUCCGACACGCGCAACCAGGACUGCAGUCUAUGCGCCGACUCGCGCCUCACUGACGGAAGUGGUUCGGCGCCCGUUCGCGGGCCUGCAGCCUCUCGCCCGGCGGGGUCCUCGACGGUGAGUCGCACUCUGCGUUUCGCCGUCGAGCAAUCGGAAGCUCUCAUACUGGCCACGCAGCAGUUGAACGAUGCGACGUUCUCACACUUCGGCUACGACAUUACGGAUUCGUGUGGAAACCAUUUUGGCACAGACUGCAUACAGACACUCGACCCAAUGUCUACCACAUUGGCUACUAUUGUCGGUCCUUAUUACGCGGAUGCGAGCGUCUCGUUGGACAACAGUGAAGUUUUAUCGAUUUUCUCGCGUCUCGGCGCGACGAACAGCUCAACGGGUCGAUUGAUAUUCUCUCUUCUUGAUGUUCCGUUUUCCUACACGCAAGCAAUGCGCCCGUUUGCGACCGGGAAGGGAUCGGCGCAGGUGAUUAUGCUGCAGCCAAGUUGCGAGCUACAGGCGCUCGCCGCCGUGGAUUUCGUCGCGCGGGUGGAGUGGUUGGAUGUGACGGUGAUAGGGAGCGGAGACGCGUGCGGGACAGCAGCGUUGCGUGUGUUCAAGGAGGAGCUCGACAGGAAGGGCAUUGCCUGCCAUUUUGAGGUGAUGUACCUACAGGAAAAGCCUCUAGAACGAACAGACAUAACAGGCAAAACAGUUCAGAUUCUUAUGCCAAAUUACCAAGAAAUUAAACAGUCUUCCGACAUUCUUUCAUUACUGUCCGGCAGGAGCCACAUUGUCCUCCUCUCUUCAUUCAUGUUUGCAGAGAGCUUACUUCUAGACAUCAACUCUGGUUUACUCUCUCUAGCAGAGCCACUGUCAGACACAUAUUCAGUACUUUUAGGUGCACUCUGGGGCGACCCCCGACGCGUAAAUCUCAUUGACAGAGAGAUUGGGUUUCUUAUGGAGUUUGGAGACGUUGAGGUCUAUGCUCUUAGAAAUGAUGUGAACGGAGGAAGGAGAUUUAGAGAGCACAUGUCGUCCAUUCACUUGCAUUCGCGUAGCUUCGAUGAUAACAAGUUUAUACAGAGAUACUGGGAGUUUACCAAUUCGUGUUCUCUCGAUGACUCUAAUGCACCACAAUGUACAGAUGACAAUCCGUUUGAUAUCAAUGAGUCACCAAUCGGGAAUAACUACAAGUCUGUACUUAUUUUGGAUGCGGCGGCGGUACUGGCAACGUAUAUCCAUGAUUACCAAGACUUGAAUGGCAAAGGUUUGUCCCGGGUUUCUAAAAAUGAUUUUUACGGAUUUCUGAAGGGAAAUACGCUCGAGGUGGAGAAUGACUGGACGGGUAAUCGAUGGUUGUUUGGUGUCCCUGCCGACACUGGAAGGCCAUUUGAGUGGGUGCAGCCUAUGGAAUGGAGAUACGAGAUCAUGGAGUUAUACGAGGUCAAGAAGGGAACUAUUGGGGCUGACGUGUAUGGAACUUGGAGCGUCACAAUGAAUACUACCAGCAGUGAACGUGCCCGGUUGCUAGUGUUGGAGGACGAAACGGACACGGUUGAUCGUCAAGAUGCCUUAGAAGCGUGUGAAUCAAUAGCGUCUUCGUCUUCACCCAUAGCAACGUGUGCUUCAGGGGAUUUGGAUACUAUGCUGGGAUUGGUGGUUACUGUUGCCGUUUUGCUGUUUAUGUUUUGUCUCAUAACCGUGUUAAAAAAUGGUGGCAGGAGUCGUUGUAGAGCAGCCGUUAAGUCACCAGGUGUUCUGAUCGUCGGUUGCACGGCUUUGCUUUCUAUCGUCGUCAGCUUGUGGGUAAUUUUUGGAGACGAAGCGGGUGAUUGUGACACUCGUGUGGACGACUUUCUCGUGACCGUAUCGAAUGGUGUGUGUUUCACUGUGUUGCUGAUCGGUUUGCUCGUCCCUCUUGUUACGAAUCGUUUACUGAAAUUGCUUGUUAAAGUCGGUGGUCUUCUAGUUUCUGUGUCAAUUCAACUUGCUGUGUCAUCUGUGGCUCAUCUCACAGAGAGUGACGAAACACACGGUGACAACGACCCGUUCACACAUUGUUAUAGUGAAAGAGGAAAGAGUGUGUCGGCCGUGUCGUAUAUAUAUGGCAAUGUUCUUCUGGAUGUAUGCGUUCUCUUGUUGACCUAUAAUCUGUGUGCUGAGCGGGGAGAAUACUGUGAAAGCAAUCGUGCAUUUAAGUGCAUCAGCGGGUUUCUUGCCAUUUUAUUGACGAUUGUGUACACGGUGAUGGUGACCAUGUUGCUGUGGGUUGAAGAGAUUGCGUCAUGUUCAGUGAUGGGACGAACGUUUAUCUUUUUGGCUAUUUUUCCGGGUAUUGUAUCUAUGGUACUCGUCGCCGUCUUGCUGCUGUCCGACUCGAACGAGUCUGAAGACAACUUUAACCCAGACGACAUGGAGAUGAACAUGCGUAGGACAGUUCGACGAGCCGAGACUCACGUCUACAUAUUCGAGGGCUUCCCAGAACUGACCGAGAAACGAGAUUACAUGUUUUCAUUAGAAGCCGACGUGGUCAAAGCGAUCGAAGGCGUCAUCGUCGAGCCGCAGAGAAUCGAACUCAUAGAAAACGUCGGAUGUGGUAACUUUGGCAAGGUUUACAAGGGCAUUCUAGACGGUAACCAGACUGUGGCCGUCAAGUCGGUUCUAGAGAUUGAGAAUUCAAAACAAGUAAACGAUUUUAUUCGGGAGGGACUGCAAAUGAAGCAUUUUGCUCAUCCGAAUGUGAUGGAGUUGAUCGGCAUAUGCUGGAUGAAGCAACACAACGCGGCCGUCACGCUGUCCGCUCCGCUGAUCGUGUUGCCAUACAUGGAGUUUGGUGAUUUGAAAACAUAUUUGAGAAAGAACAGACCAGGAAAGGAUCCAACGAAUGAGGGCAAUACGAUCAGUCUGGUUCAACUGCUCAAGUUUGGCCAUCAGAUAGCAAAAGGAAUGGAGUAUCUGUCAAACGCCGGGAUUAUUCAUCGAGAUCUUGCUGCAAGGAACUGCAUGGUGAAUUGGGAUUUGGAGAUUCGUGUCGCCGACUUUGGUUUGUCUCGUUCGGUCGAAGGAAAGGAUUAUUACCGAAUGGGACAUUUCAGUCGUUUACCAGUGAAAUGGAUGGCUCCUGAAUGUCUAAUUGAUCUGAUCUUCACUUCGAGCUCCGAUGUGUGGUCGUUUGGUGUAACUUUAUGGGAGGUGAUGUCGUUGGCUCAAGUUCCCUACCCUGGAGUCGAUAAUCAAGACAUUCUUUCGUACUUGAAGCGAGAGAAGAGACUGAAGAAGCCCGACAAGUGUCCGGAUAGAGUUUAUGAGAUCAUGCAGCAGUGCUGGAAAACACAACCAGACAGUCGACCGACAUUCAAAGGCAUCGUGAAAGACAUCGAAGAGUAUCUGGCCGAAAUUAUGAACUACUUCAACCCACUGGAUUCCAAAGGUCGACGCCCAUCCGAUCCGUACAUCACAUGGAACUUGAUGCCUAUAGCUGAGGAGGACGACAGCGAUGCAAGCAGCACUGGCCAACUCGAACAAGCAACGACAGCUGAACAAUCCGUCAUGAUAAGACAACAGACUUCGGAUCGUCGGGUGAAUCCUUUCGAACAAAAGCAACACUCUGUGGCGAACUCGGAUAGCAGAAACAUAGUUCAACGGUUCGUUAACUUAGCCAGGUCAGUCUCGUUUGGAAUGAAACGACGCAGCACGACGAACAUAAUGUUCAACAAGAAAUUUCGACACAGCACCCACUUGACACCAGGAGAUAGCAGGUCAUUAUGACCAUCUUGAUUAGUAUACUGUGUACGUUAUUUAGGUAAGUGCAAAAGAAAGUUAUUGUUUGAUUGUUGUAUUGGUAUGUAAUGACAGGUGUAUGUACAGUGUGGCUGCUAGUUGAUAGGUGCGCAUGCGCUGUAUUUCAACUGGCUGCCUAGCCGUCUGUCUUUCUACUGACAUAAUUGUGGUUACUAGUUUUACAAUGCAGGUGUGGCGGUCGAUUGCCAUGGCAGUUUUAUACAAAAAGGUUGUGGAUUCCAUUUCAGCUACAGUACAUUUUAGGUGCGACAGAAAUAUAUCAUUCAUUCAUUA